AUGACUGCCCGGCCUCUGAGCAGCCUAUAUCUAUACCAACCCAGCCCUCCUACAGCUUCUAUAUCUCCAGAGAGAAUACCUUAUACAGAUACAGUGAGCUUGAGCGACCUUAAGAUGCUUCCUACAGGCUAUAAUAUACUGACGCAGCGGCGGCUGAAGAUGAACAACGUCGACCUGGGCAACCAGUACAAGAAGAUCAUCCAGUUCUUCUGGGACCCAGAACCGAAGAACGAUGACAGCGGGCAGCCCAUCUGGUGUCUGGGCUGCGAGUACCGGCAGGCAGAGACUCCGGGUCCUGCGCAGUCGUCCGGAGAGCCGGCAGACACUACAAACAGAGACAGAGAGCCAACAACGUUGACAUCAACACCGAAGACCACUGCAUCUACAACUACAACUACAACUACAACUACAGACACCACGGAGAAAGAGAAACGAACAUCGACGGACGGACCACCGACGCCCGGGUCAGCCAUCUCCUCGUUCGUCAACCUGGCCUCGCCGAUAUCCUCUUCUUCUACGGCAGAGAGCAGCGUGACGCCGGCCUGGCCUCCGCAGUUCCUAGAUGACUUUGAGUCGAAGCUGUGGAUAACAUACAGAUCCCAGUUCCCGCCCAUACCCAAGACUCCCAAGACCGGCAGCGGAGACUCUUCUUCUUCUAUUUCCCUGGGUGUGCGUCUGCGCAGCCAGCUCAUCGACACCCAGGGCUUCACAUCAGAUACCGGCUGGGGCUGCAUGAUCCGGUCAGGCCAGGCUCUGCUGGCCAACACUCUUCUCUUCCUCCGACUCGGACGUGACUGGCGACGGGGAAGCAAAGUGCAGGAAGAGAGCGAGCUGGUGUCGUUGUUUGCCGACCACCCACGGGCUCCCUUCUCGAUCCACCGGUUUGUGCACCACGGAGCAACGGCAUGCGGCAAGUGUCCCGGCGAGUGGUUUGGCCCCUCUGCUGCGUCGCAGUGCAUCCAGGCGCUGGUGAAGAGUAACCCGCAGGUCGGGCUGAGGGUGUGCAUCACCAGUGACGGGUCGGACAUCUACGAGAAGCAGUUCAAGGAGGUUGCCUGCGACGAGAGCGGCGGUGGCAUCCAGCCUACCCUGAUCCUGCUGGGAGUCAGACUGGGCAUCGACCGCGUUACUCCCGUCUACUGGGACUCUCUCAAGGCUCUCCUCCGCUUUCCCCAAUCCGUCGGCAUCGCAGGGUGA